AGAAACGUCAAUGUCUAAUAAUUGACGUUUAACCUUAUUUAAAAUUUUGCUGCAACAAAGUUUGUUUAUCGGAAAUUUCACGAUUGUAAUUUAAAUAAUUAAUUCAACCAAAUGCCUUACAGUGAUGAUUGAAGAUUUUAACACAGAAGCGCGGAGGAUAAUCGUAAAAGAGUGACCACCGAAGGUAAUGGCAAAUGUCACUAAAGAGAAAUGGGAUCCAGCACUGACUCGCCUGCUUUCGUCGCUACAACAAUCCUCGAAUUCGCCUUCCACCGAUGAGGAAUUGCGCUUCUUGAGCAAUUUGCUGCAAUCCAAAGAACUGCACGCCCUGGUCAACGUACACAAUAAAAUAAUCACCAAUGGAGCCAGCGAUAAAUUCUACCCGAUGCUCUCCACGUCGAUGGAAAUCCUCUCGGACGUGCUCGAGGAUUUGGUGCGGGUGCCGUACGCUUCUCCAGACUGCGAGGAGCUGUUCUAUUUGCUGCAAAAACCCCAUUUGCAGGGUUUGUUGUACUCUCACGAUUCCGUAGCCCAAAAGGACUAUUAUCCGCACUUGCCCGAAAUACCUCGAGACAACGAGGAGGAGGAAGAGGAGACGGUGAAAAUCGUGCAAUUGGUGAAAAGUAACGAACCGUUGGCCGGGGCACAAAACGCCGAACCGAUUGUUGGGGCUACGAUAAAAACUGACGAAGCCACCGGUAAGAUAGUGAUAGCUCGAGUGAUGCACGGAGGAGCCGCAGAUCGAUCCGGAUUAAUCCAUUCCGGUGACGAGGUAGUCGAAGUCAAUAACAUCAACGUGGAGGGAAAAACGCCCAACGACGUGCUGCAAAUUUUGCAAAAUUCCGAAGGUACGAUAACGUUCAAGCUGAUACCGGCGGACGGUAAAGGGGGGCCCAGAGAGAGCAAAGUUCGCGUGAGGGCGCAUUUCGACUACGAUUCCUCGAUCGAUCCGUACAUACCGUGCAAAGAGGCCGGUUUGGAUUUCAAGAAAGGCGACGUGUUGCACAUCGUGUCCCAAGACGAUGCCUAUUGGUGGCAAGCUAGGAGAGAAGGCGAUAGAAAUAUGCGGGCUGGUCUCAUACCGAGCAGGGCGUUACAAGAAAGAAGGAUUAUCCACGAUAGAACUCAAACGGACAAAAACGAAGACGGUCUGUGCUCGUCGACCGCCCUGCCGGGCGUGACGUGUCGCCCGAAAUCGCCGAAAACGAAAAAGAUCAUCUACGACAUAGCCGAGAACGAGGAUUUCGAUCGCGAGCAGAUCCCCACCUACGAGGAGGUGGCGAAAUUGUAUCCGAGACCGGGCGUCUUUAGGCCCAUCGUGCUGGUGGGACCGCCGGGAGUCGGCAGGAACGAGUUGAAGAGGAGAUUGAUCGAUACCGAUCCGGGGAAAUACAGAACUCCGACGCCUUUCACGACGAGAUCGAUGAAACCGGGCGAGGAAAACGGCAAGGAAUAUUUCUUCGUCGAACGCCCCGACAUGGAGAAAGACAUCGAAGCCGGCAAAUUCAUCGAGUACGGCGAGUACAAGGGCAAUUUGUACGGCACCUCCGCCGAGAGCGUCAAAUCGAUCGUCGCCGCCGGCAAAGUGUGCAUUUUAAAUCCGCACUAUCAGGCCCUCAAGAUGCUGAGAGUCCCAGAAUUGAAGCCGUACGUGAUCUACGUGAAACCGCCCGAUUUGGAGACGUUGAAAGAGACGAGGAACGCCCACCAUGCCAGAUCCACGUUCGAUAUACACAAUUCCAGAGGAUUCACGGACGACGAGUUCAACGAUAUAAUAAAAGCGGCGGGUAGAAUAGAAUUCCUGUACGAGCAUCUCUUCGACGAGACCAUCACUAAUACGGACCUGGCGAUGGCGUUUAGUCAGCUCUCGAGCGCCGCCAAUCGAUUGGAAACGGAACCAUUGUGGGUACCCGCUUCGUGGGUGCAAUAAGGAUGAUUUUUUUUUGUUUCGUUUAUGUUUUCUUUAAAGGUUCGGUACUGGUACCGAGGAAAAAAAGUACCGAGAAAUCUCCCCAAAUCGCCUCGAUGAAGUUUAAAUUUGAAGUGAAGUAGAUUGGUGACUGUUUGACUUGUUCUGCAUAGUACAACGUUUUAUUUAUUUAUUUAUUUAUUU